AGAGCGCGACGAAAGGCGGUUUAGUAAACGUGGGGCAUGCGGGGCUUGUCCGCUGCGAGCUCUGCGGGAGCUCCAAGGUUUGCGGUGUGUACGCAGUUGCUGGGCUACGAUAUAUGUCGUCAGCGAAUGCUAGGUGCAUCAAGAGCAAAAAACAAGAAAACGGCGACCUAGGUCGCUGGCGUCUUAUCUAAUCUCGGAGCCCAUCACUAACGGACUUUAUCUAAUUCGAACGAAGUUUUACGCUUUUGUAUAAUCUAUCGAACGGCUGGAGACUGCGCGAACAAGGAACUCGGAAUGCGGUGGUAAAAAACCGGCUCCCGUUACGUGUCAUGUGUCAUCCGCUGUCGCUGCGGUGUCAGCUUCGACGGUUUUUUCUUUCGUUCUCCCGGUCACCUGGGCAGUGUACCGAAGUGCGACGGUCUUCUCGCGACGUCAGCUGCAUCGCUGCGGGCACCCGUCGCUAGCCGAGCUAGCAUGGCUACUUCAUCGUCGGCAGGGAAGGGCCAUAGCCCCGACGAUGUUUUGUAUUUCGCCUACGGCAGCAAUAUGUGGUCGCAUCGCGUACGCAUCCGCAACCCGACGGCGAAGUUUUUCGACAUCGCUGAGCUCGAGGGCUACUAUGUGGACUUCGUGGAUGACUUUAAAAGCUGGCAAGGCGCGGCUGCCAUACUGAAGAAGAGCACGGAACGCACCACACACGGAGUCGUAUGGACAAUUCCGAAGCGAGACAUACACAAUCUCGACCGCAGGCAGGAGAAAGAGUAUGAAGCUGCUAACGUAACAGUGAAGCUGCCAUCUGGGGACAAAGUGGACUGCAGGACGUACUUCUACCUCACCUCGAGGCCUGGGAAGGAAAAUAUGCCCUCGCUCUUGUACAAAGCCGUUAUUGUAGCUGGAGCGAUUGAACACAAGUUACCCAACAGCUACAUACAAGAACUGGUGAAGAUCCCCGACAACGGCAAGACGCAAGAUAGCAACAUCGGAGUGGACAUUGACAAGCUCCGAUCAUAUGUGAACGGAUACUUAAGUUUAUGAAAGUGCGCAAUUUAUUGAAGCGAUAGUUAAUGAAAGUACUGUCCAAUAAAUAGUUUGUUGUGCAUA